AUGAUUUCAAUACUGAUCUUUGAAACUGUCGGUGAAUGUAAAGUCUUGACUCAUUUUUCAUACCUGGAAAAAGCAAACGCUCUGUUUUCUCUGACGAUUACUCAUUUUCAAGCGACAAAAUUACGAAGAACACAUCUUUUAUUUGCGAGAUUAAGAAAAUAUUAUAAAUCAAUGACUCUAAAUUACAUGGAUGCCAUAGAGAAAGGUAAACAACUUGCUGAACGAGCUACGGAAGCAGACAGACAACGUGAUUACGAAACGGCUGCAGGACUUUACAUGGAUGCAAGUAAUUAUUUCAUGCACGCAAUGAAAUAUGGAGCUAUGAAUGAUGCAACGAAGACAACCAUACGAACAAAAGUCGAUACAUAUUUGAAAAGAGCAGAAGAGAUCAGGAAUAAGCAACCGUCGAAACAAGCAGUUGCUGUUUCGGAUGCUGCUCAAGGCAAUGAUGGUGGCGUCAUAGAUCCAGAUAAAAAGCGCACUAUGCAACGACUAGAACAAUCGAUCGUUGAUAAUCCACAAGUUUCAUUUGCUAAUGUCGUUGGUUUGGAUCAAGCAAAACGAGCACUGAGAGAAGCUGUUAUCUUACCGAUCAAACUUCCAAAACUAUUUAAAGGACAACGUAAACCAUUUAUCGGUAUUCUGCUCUAUGGACCUCCUGGUACUGGAAAGUCCUAUCUCGCUAAAGCAAUUGCUACCGAAUGCAAAAGCACUUUUAUCUCAGUCACUUCGUCUAAUCUUCUCUCGAGAUGGCUCGGCGACAGUGAAAAGGCUGUUACAUGCCUAUUCGAGCUCGCUCGCGAACGGAAACCAUGCGUUGUAUUCAUCGAUGAAGUUGAUGCACUCUGUGGACAACGCAAUGAAAAUGAGUCAGAAUCAGCACGACGCGUGAAAAACGAAUUCCUCGUACAAAUGGACGGUGUUGCAAGUGACAAUUCUGGUGUGCUUUUUCUUGGUGCAACUAACAUGCCUUGGGAACUUGAUCAAGGCAUGCGAAGACGUUUUGAGAAGAGAAUCUAUAUUCCACUUCCUGGAGUCAAUGAACGUGCUGCCAUGUUCAAAACACACUUAGGCGUCAACACAUAUCAUACCAUCAAGGAACACGAAUGGAUGCAGUUAGCACAACGUGCUGAGCACUACUCUGGUGCUGAUAUAGCAGUUGUUUGUCGUGAAGCGUUACUAAGACCUAUACGACGACUCAGCGAUGCAACUCAUUUUAAACAAAUGCCAAAUCCGAAUGUUGAUCCCAAUGAACCUACUCAUCUCUGGUUUCCUUGCUCACCAGGAGAUGCAAGUGCGAAAUCGCUGACAUUAGACAAUAUAGAUCCAGAUGAAAUAGGUGAACCACCAGUAACGAUGACUGACAUGUUAGCUGCUGUUGAAACACAAAAAGGGACAGUAUGCGUAGAAGAGCUAAAGAAGUAUGACGCAUUUACUGAAAAGUUCGGCCAAGGCGGUUCAUAA